UGAUUAAGUGUACAUUAUUUCUUUCCUUGGAAUUGCAAGGAAAGUGCAAUGUAAUUCUUGACACUUGGUCCUACACUCCUGCACACAUCUGCAUUAUUUUCAAUGCUUUCUACUUUCUUUCCCUUUUUCCACAUAAUUUAUUGCCAUAAUAAAAAGUUUGGUUCAUAUGCAUACAAGGUCAAGUCAGUCCAAUCCAUUGUUAACCCUAACUGGAAACAGUAGCUUUUCUUUGUUUACUCAUUCAGGCUGAUCCAAAUUUAUGUGAAAUUGUUUCUUUCUUUGUCUUUGAAUAUACCCAUAGUUGGUUCCUUAGUUACCAAUUGCUACUUUGCUGGCUGUGAAAUUUUAAGAGAGAUUGGACAUGGCAGAGGUUUUUCUUUCACCCAUUGUCGGUACCAUGUUGGACAGCCUGAAUUCGUGGUCCUUGAAAGGGCUGGAACUUGCUGGGAGCCCCAAAACAGAAGUUGAGAGUCUUGAAAGUACUCUUACUACAAUCCAAGCUGUGCUCCAAGAUGCAGAGGAGAAACAAUGGAAGAGUGAAGCUAUCAAGAACUGGCUUGGGAAGCUCAAACAAGCAGCUUACGAUUUAGAAGUUGUGCUUGAUGAUUUCAACACCGAAGCUCUAAGGCGUAGCCUGCAUGCGGAUGCAAGAAGCCAGGUAACCACCUUCUUUUCUUUGCGGAAUCCGCUCUUGUUUCGCUUAGAUAUGGCACGUAAGUUUAAGAAUGUAAGGGUGAAAUUAGAUGCCAUUGCUGGGGAGAAAAGUAAGUUCCACUUGAGAGAGGGUGUGGGAGAAGCUGAAAUUGAGCGGAAUGAGGAUAGGCAAACCAGCUCCCUUGUGAAAGAAUCGGAAGUAGUUGGCAGAGCUGAUGAGAAGAAAAAGAUAGUUAGUUUGUUACUUGGUAAUGUGAGUCACCAUGAUGACCUCUCUGUUUAUGCAAUAUGCGGAAUGGGGGGUCUUGGUAAGACAACAAUUGCUCAAUUGGUUUACAACGACGAAAAUGUGGCCAAAGUCUUCGAUUUGAGAGGUUGGGUGUGUGUAUCAGAUGAUUUUGAUAUAAAAAGUUUGACUAAAGCGAUUGUGGAAUCCUUUGGAGGGAACUCGUGUGGUAUCCAAGAGCUAGAUUCCCUGCAGCGGUGUUUAGCAGAGAAGCUUGUUGGGAAACGGUUUUUGCUCGUACUAGAUGAUGUGUGGAAUAAGAACCAUGAAAAGUGGGAUAGAUUGAAACAAGCUCUACAGUGUGGACUGAAAGGAAGUACAGUGAUUGUCACUACUCGAGACGAGGACAUUGCUGUCAUGAUGGCUACAACUCCUUUCUGUCGCCUGGGUUGUUUGUCGGAUCAUGAGUCUUGGUCUUUGUUCAAGCAAAGAGCCUUUGGGAUGGAAAAGAACGGAAGCAACGCCAACCUGGAAACCAUUGGGAGGCAAAUAGUGCAGAGAUGUGGAGGGGUACCAUUGGCAAUUAAGGCCAUAGGAAGCAGAUUGCGUUUUAGAAGUCAAGAAAGUGAAUGGUUACGUGUCAAAGAUAGUGAGAUAUGGGAUUUGGAAGAUGAGAGAAGUAGAAUCUUAGCUGCGUUGAGGCUAAGUUAUGAACAUCUUCCACCGUAUAUGAGACAAUGUUUUUCAUUUUGCUCGAUAUUUCCCAAAGAUUUUGUCAUGACAAAGGACGAGCUUAUAGGACUAUGGAUGGCAAAUGGAUUUAUUCCUUCUCGAGGAGCAUUGGAUUUGCAUGAUAUGGGUUGUGAAAUAUUCUCUGAAUUAACUUGGAGGUCCUUUUUUCAAGAAAUCGAUGAGGAUAUCGAUGGAACUGUUACAUGUAAAAUGCAUGAUCUCAUCCAUGAUCUUGCAACAUUGAUUAUGGGACAAGAGUGCUGUGUGAUUGAGCCAAAUGAGGGGUCACAAAUUCCAAAAACUGCUCGUCACUUGUUUGUUAAUAAUACCAGUCUAUCGACAAGCGUUGUGGACUUAACCACAUUGCAACCGCUGCAAUCUUUGAUCAUGGGCAAUGAUUGCAGUAACCUCUCUAAUCGUUCCCGUUUCUUCAGCAAACAAAAGUAUCUCAAGGUGUUGGAUUUGGGUUAUAAUUUUGGCAAUAUUUCAUUUAAAAUUUCGAAACACUUGAGGUAUCUUCGCCUUCACCAUUCUCCUUUGAAAACUUUACCUGAAUCAACAGGCUCUCUUCAUAACUUGCAGACACUAAGCCUCAUAAAUUGUUGGCGUCUUAAAAAGUUACCCGAAGGUACGAAGAACUUGAAAAAUCUUAGGUACUUCGACAUCAGACGUUGCUAUGCACUAACUUCCACGCCUGUUGCAUUGGGACAAUUGUCUUUUUUACGCAAGCUUAGCAUGUUCAUUGUGGGAAAGGAAGAUGGUUGCGGCAUUGAUGAGUUGAAAGAGUUGGCCCUAGAGGGGGAAUUAAGCAUCAAAGGACUUCACAACGUGAAGAGUUCGAUGGAAGCUAAAAAUGCAAAUUUGAUAAAGAAGCACAAUUUAAAAGCACUUAGCUUAUCUUGGCCAGUAAGCAGCAACUUAUGUUCGCGUUUACGCAGCACAGAGAACUGUCAUCAUCAAAAUGAUGAAGAGAUUCUUAGUGCUCUCCAACCUCAUUUAAACUUGAAGACGUUACACAUUGUUGGUUACCAAGGUUUGAUGUUUCCAUAUUGGAUGAUGGAUCUGCUUCUACCAAACCUUGUUGAAAUCUCAUUAGAAAACUGUCAAAGAUACCAUCAACUACCACCUCUAGGGAAAUUGCGCUUCCUUAAGUUCCUUUAUAUUAGUGGAAUGGGUGCUCUGAAGUAUAUUGACAAGAACUUCUAUGGUGAUAUGGAAAGUUCUUUUCCAUCACUCGAGGUUCUCAAAAUACGUGAGGCGCCAUGUUUGGAGGAAUGGACAACAGUGAAUGGCACAGAACAUUUUCCUGUCCUGAGUUCAUUAACUAUCAAUGAUUGUCCUAAGUUGGUUAAAAUGCCAAUGAUUCAAUCUCUAAAAAAGCUAGAUAUUGGAGGAACUAAUGUUAAUUUUCUCACAGCUUUGAUUAUGAAUGCCACUGUUCUUACCUCUCUUUGGAUUCGUGACUUCAAUGAGUUACCGGGUGGACUACUGCAAAAUCAAAAGCAACUUGAUUGGUUGUUUGUUCAGUCUUGUAGUCUAAAGUCUUCAUCCGAUCUGCUGGAUAAUCUAUCCUCCCUUAAAUACUUGCAUAUUCAAGUUCCCUCAAUUGAAACCUUGCCUGCAGGACUACAAAACCUCAGCUCUUUGCGAGCUUUGCGUUUAUCUGGUUGUAGCAGCCUUGUAUCCCUUCCGGUAAAUGGAUUGCAGGGCUUAUCUUCCUUGUCUUCACUGUAUAUCCAACAUUGCGAGACAUUAGCCUCUUUAUCUGAGGGGGUGCGAUAUCUGACUUCACUCGAAGACUUACUUAUUAAUGGAUGUCCAGAGUUAACAUCAUUGCCAAGGAGUAUCCAACACCUCUCUUCUCUUCGAAAUUUGAUGAUUUGGGAUUGUAGGGGUUUAAUUUCUCUCCCAGAUGAGAUACAACACCUCACCUUGCUUUCAAAACUGGAGAUAAAGCAUUGCUCUAAUUUGAAGUCAUUGCCCCAAGGGGUACGUAACCUCAAUGCUCUGGAAACACUAAGCAUCAAAGAAUGCCCCCACCUGAAAAGACGGUGUAAGAGAGUGAGUGGAGAGGAUUGGCCCAAUAUAGCCCACAUUCCGUUCAUUCAAAUCGAUAAGCAGGUUUGGUGAGUGACGACUUCUGUUAAAUUCGAGGAUCUAUUUUGCAAUUUGAAGAAAAAAGACAACAUUGCAUUAAAUUCGAAGACCCAUUCUAUCCCCCAUAAGAGCAGGCAUGUUAUUGGUGGCUUCGUUCAGAAAGGUUGAGCUGUUGGGGCUUUGAUGUGUUGAGUUUUGAGUCACACUAUGUGUGGUUUCUUUUUUGGAUUGUUCUCGGCUUAAGUUUCAUUAUAUGUGAGUCUUAUCCAAAUUUAUUCUAGUCUAGAUUCGAAUAUGUCCUGAUUUUCGAUCUGCUGUGUUUUGUAUUAAAUUGAUUUUGAUUUUGAUUUUAAUUUUAAUUAAUCACAUAUGUAUUAUUUGUAAUUUGUGUCAUACUUCUACUUAUAAUUUUGGUAAUUUUUAGAUUAGUGGAUAUAUUUAUUAGAAGGUAAAUAAUUUUUAAUGA